GGCCGUCGUCCAGUCUUCGCCAUAUAAAAGGCUAGAGGGAGUCAGUAGGGCAUUUCCGUUCUUAUCACCGUUCUCCGCAGUCGCUUCUACAAUCAAUCCCAGCUCAACCGCUUUGGCGCGCCCACACCAUGCGUCCGCGAGCGCCGCCACGAGACCCCGAUACGAUUCGUAUCCUCGUAGCGACGGACAGCCAUGUCGGAUACAACGAGCGCGACCCAUUCCGUAAGGACGAUAGCUGGAAGACGUUCCACGAGGUGAUGUGCCUAGCAAAGGAGCAUGAUGUGGACAUGGUUCUGCAUGGCGGAGACCUCUUCCAUGAGAACAAGCCUUCGCGGAUGGCGAUGUACCAUGUAGUUCAGUCGCUGCGUAUGAAUUGCCUUGGGGACAAGCCGUGCGAGCUCGAGAUGCUGAGCGAUGCGAGUGAGAACUUCGGAGGCGUAUUCGACCAUGUCAACUACGAAGAUCCCGAUAUCAAUGUCGCUAUCCCAGUGUUUGCGAUACAUGGGAACCAUGACGAUCCCUCCGGAGAAGGCUCAUAUUCGGCCCUAGACCUCCUACAAGCGUCUGGCCUUGUCAACUACUAUGGCCGCACUUCACAGGUUGAAAAGAUCGAGGUCAAACCGGUUCUCCUGCAGAAAGGUGGCACGAAGCUGGCCUUGUACGGUCUCAGCAAUGUCCGGGAUGAGCGGUUGUUUCAUACCUGGCGAGACGGCGGGGUCAAGUUCUUUCAACCAGGCGUACAGAAGGACGAGUGGUUCAACUUGAUGACGGUUCACCAGAAUCAUGUCGCGCAUACCCAGACUAGCUUCCUGCCCGAAAACUUCUUACCCGAGUUUAUGGAUCUUGUUGUAUGGGGCCAUGAGCACGAGUGUCUGAUCGAGCCGCGAUACAACCCCGAAAUGGGCUUCCACGUCAUUCAGCCUGGCUCCUCAAUCGCAACCUCACUCAUGCCAGGCGAAGCUGUGCCAAAGCACGUCGCUAUAUUGAGCGUCACCGGCAAAGAGUUCACCUGUGAACCUAUUCGGCUCAAGUCGGUACGACCCUUCAUCAUGAAGGAGAUCGUGCUACAAGACGAACGCGAAAUCAAACAGAAAGAGCUCUGGAGGGUGAAUGAUAACCGCGAAAAGAUUGCGAUAUAUCUCAAGAAGGUUGUGGAGGAGCUGAUUGAACAAGCAAAACGGGAAUGGCUAGAGCUCCAGGACGAGCGGGAAGAUGGGGUCAGCAUUGAAGUACCGCUUCCCCUAGUUCGCUUGCGAGUAGAAUACACUGCUCCAGAGCCUGGAGAAUUCCACUGCGAGAACCCGCAGCGUUUCUCGAAUCGAUUUCAGGGCAAAGUCGCCAACACCAACGAUGUCGUCCAAUACUACCGGAAGAAGAAGGCGGCAAAUCGAACAACAAAGAGCAAUGCUGAACUUCCAGACGAGUCGGUUCUAGCCCAGUUCUCGCUAGACGCGGUGAAGGUUGAGAAGCUCGUCAAAGAGUUCUUGACUGCGCAGUCACUUACCAUUCUCCCGCAAAACUCUUUUGGAGAUGCUGUGACGCAGUUUGUGGACAAGGACGACAAACACGCAAUGGAGAUGUUCGUGAACGAGAGUCUCGCCACACAGCUGAAGCACCUGAUGGAUGCGAAUGAUGUGGACGAGGAGGAAAUUGCUAACGAAAUGGAAACAUACAAGACACAGCUGGAGGAGCUCUUCGCUUCGGGCCAAAUGAAGAAGAAGAGGAAGGCCAAGUACAAACCAAAGCCGGACAUUUGGGACAGCGAUGUGGAUGGUCCAUGGGAGGAUCAGCCAGGCGCGCUCAUUCACACUGACGCCGAAGACGAAGAUGACAAUGACGUAGCAUCGGUUCCGCCGAAGAAGGGUGCUGCUCGCGGAAGGGGCAAAGCAGCUGGCACUACUCGUAAGUCUGCUGCAGCUGCGAAGAAGACCCCAGCUGCGAAAGGAGGCCGCGGUAAGAGAAGGGUCGUUGAAGAAGAGGAAGACGAUGUCGAUGACGAUGGAGAUGCGAUCAUGAUCACCAGCAGCGGCGAUUCGGAAGAAGACGAAGAGGCCCUUUUCGUCAAACCGUCGCGGACAACGGCGAAGAAGCCCGUGGCAAGGGCGCCAGCCCGCGCCAAAUCUCCUCCGAAAAAGACCCCGACUUCCCGAGCGCGUGCUCCAGCUUCUACAAAGCAGUCAACGCUCAAUUUCUCUCAGGCAUCCACACAACGUAGUCAAGCGCCACGGGCAGCUGCGACGCGGGCUAAGAAGGUCCAAGAACCGGAGGACGAUGAGAUUUCCGACGACGACGACGCUUUUGAGCCUGUUUCAACAUCUAGGAGUACCCGCAGGAGAUAGCCCUACUGUACAAGUAUGAGAGCGGGCGACCUGAAUGGGGAGGAUGGGCGUAAACGUUUUCCGUCGACAUGCGCAUAGCGACGGCUUUUACGAUAUGGCUAAUGAGGCUCUUUCUCAAGCGAGUAUGGGAAGCACACGGCCUCUCAAGAAAAAAAAUAGCAGAGCCACAUAAAAUCAAGGCCGCGGCUAAAUCAACCUUGGGUGAAGAUGUA